AUGUCUUCUUCAGAAGCAAUAUUUCACGGAUGACUGGAAGUCUAUCACAAUAACUUUUCCAGAAAAAAAAGAUUUUUCAUUCUGACCAAGAACUUUAUCAUCUAUAUUUAUCUAUAUAAAUCGAGAAUUAGUAAAUAAAUAUUUUUUUUAGGAAAAUAAAUGGUAAUUUUAUUAGAAAUAUUAAGAAAAUUAAUUUAAUAAAUUAUAUUACAAAAGCCGUACUGAUAAAAGAAUAAAGAAAUGAGUUGCAAUUACUUGGCUGAGACUUCAGCCGUUUUAUAUCCCUACAAAAUCAGGAGACCAGUAUGGCUUUAGACUUGAAGGAAAUAAGAAAUUUCAAGACUUUUUUGCAGAAAACCAGGAAACUUUAGACAUUUGGCUUGAUAAGCUUUCUAAUUUGACAAUUUUAGAAGAUUUAGAGGACGAUUUUGCAAUUCAAAAAGAAUUAGGAAGAGGGAAAUUUGGGAAAAUUUAUUUAGCAAGCGAGUUUUAUACAAGAAAAAUCUAUGCGGUAAAGUGCCUUCCGAAAGAAAACUCAGAAUCUGAGGAGUCAUUAAGCCAGCAAUUUAAAAAUGAAGUGGAGAUAAUGCGAAGGCUGAAUCAUCCAAGAAUUUUAGGACUUCAUUAUUUAUACUAAUUUGCGUUAUAUUUGGUAAAAGUUGUGCAGGGAAGAGCAUUAUUUUGUUAUAAAUUUAAAUAGUUAUCUUGACAUUUGCUAUAGGCUUACUAUUUUACUAUAGUAUAUAUGAAUCUGAUCAUGACAUUAAAUUAGUUUGUGAUUAUGUAAAAGGUGGAGACUUGACUCAUAGAAUUAGGAGCUUAAAGAAAUACCCGGAAAACUUGACCAUAAUGUUUAUGGUAAAUUUGCUCGAAGCUGUAGACUACCUUCAUUCCUGUGGCAUAGUUCACCGAGACUUAAAGCCAGAUAAUAUUCUCUUAUUCCCAUACUAAUCAAAACAUAUUUAAAUAAAAAUUAUUAUAAUUUUUUAUUUCUUAACUCCCCCCCCGUUAGUGAACAAAACCAUUAGAAAAAUCGCCAUUUUUUGCCCAAAAACCCACCCUCCGUGAGUGAACAAAAAUUUUUUUAAUAGAAAAAUUUUGUAUGGAAAAAACAUUUGAUAUAUAAAUGAUAAUUAGUAAUAUGAAAUCUAGAUCUAAUUCUGUUUAAUUUUAAACAAAAUGCUUUUAAAACAUAAAUUUUACAAAUUAAAUUAAUAUUUGCUUUCCAAUUUUUGCGAAUUAGGAUGUUUUUAAAUUUCGAAAAAAAAAUUUUUUAUAAAAUUUAUAUAUAAUUUUUCUUUAAAAUACAAAAUUAACCCCCCUCCGUGAGAGAUCAAAAUUUUUUUGUUUAAUCACGGAGGAGGGGGGGAGUAAGCAAAAAAAUUGGUUAUUAUUAAACAGGCAGAAUUAGAAGAUCACGAAGGCUUUAAAAUUUGCGAUUUUGGCCUUUCGGCCCAAUUUGAAAUUGACAAUGAGCUUUGCUCCAAAUGUGGAACCCCAGGCUACAUUGCCCCAGAAGUUUUAAGGGACGAAAAGUAUGGCACAAAAGCUGACAUUUUUAGCGCCGGGAUUAUUUGUUAUCAGCUGCUCAGCGGGAAAUUGCCAUUCGAAGGAUUUGAUGCAUUAAGUGUUUUAUCCAGAAAUCGGGACUGCAAUAUAGCUUUUCGUGAGGAAGAUUGAUGCAAUAUUUCGGAUUCGGCAAAAGAUUUUGUAAUUCGUUUAACGAAUCCUGAUCCUCAAAGAAGGCUAUCUGCCAGAGAAGCUUUAGAAGAUCAAUGAUUAAGUGCUGUCUGGGGAAGAAAAACAGAAAAAAUUGAUAAAGGGCUGUAUGAGAGUACAUUAACUUAUUUUAAAGGUAUAAAUCACCCAAUACGAUAA